GGUCGCCUAAAUACAUCCCGAAAAUUCCAUAACACACCAUCCCAUAUUCAACAAUUUUCUCACAGCAGCUAUCUUUUACGGCGGCGACUCUGCUAAUCUUCAACUGCAAAAAGUCAGUUGAUCUCAUAGAGAUGGAAAUCAAGGCCGACGGAUGUGACGGAUCCUUGGUUUUAAUUAAACAAGGAGCUGAGGCUAGGGUAUUUGAGUCAACAUUUCUGGGUAGGAGGUGUAUUGUCAAAGAACGGUUUUCAAAGAAAUACAGGCAUCCGACUUUGGAUUCAAAGCUCACGCUUAAACGGCUGAAUGCGGAGGCAAGGUGUAUGACAAAAGCUAGACGGCUUGGUGUUACUACUCCAGUGCUUUAUGCUGUUGACCCUGUUACACAUACUCUCACCUUUGAAUAUGUUGAAGGUCCUUCCGUGAAAGAUAUAUUCCUUGGCUUUGGAUUAGUUGGUGUAGACGAAGAGCGAAUGACUGAUAUUGCAACACAGAUUGGUAAUGCUAUUGGAAAACUACACGACGGUGGCCUAGUCCAUGGCGAUUUAACAACAUCAAACAUGUUAAUGAGGAGCGCCGCCAAUCAGCUGGUGCUGAUUGACUUUGGUCUAGGCUUUACUUCAACGCUCCCAGAAGAUAAAGCAGUUGAUUUAUAUGUACUCGAACGUGCUUUGCUCUCUAUGCACUCUUCUUGUGGAAAUGUGAUGGACCAGAUACUUGCUGGAUACAAGAAAUCCUCAAAGCAGUGGUCAUCAACCUUUAACAAGCUAGCCCAAGUGAGGCAAAGAGGCCGAAAGCGCACAAUGGUUGGUUGAGCUUCCCAUUUCUGCUAUCCACAUUGAGAUAUAUUGAAAACAUAGGGCACAUUGAUCUACAGGGGGAUAACUCAUAGAACAAGGUGGCUUAUUUUUUACUUGGAACUGCAAGUAAGCCAUAGGGCCACAUUGAAGUGCCAUGUAUGUGCUACGGGAAUUUUUAUUCUCUUUUGUGGAGAUCUUCGACCGUAAGAUAUAACCAUGGGCUUCGAGGCCAGGUUUCCUUCACGGAGCUGGGAAUCUUAGCAAGUGUUAUGGUAUUUCAGUUUAGUGUAACUUUAUUGCACUUGGAUACUACUGGGGUGGGCAAAAGUUUUUGCGCAUGUUGUGCUUUAAGAAUGGCACUAUUUACUGUAAAGUUUCUGUGCAUCUACUUCAGAAGUUGCACUAUUAACUGUGCUUUUACAUGAACAUGCCAUCUAUUCGGUUUCUA